CUACCAUAUCUUGAAUUUAGAUAAUGUUAUGGUGUCCGUUCCAAUUUUGAUGGGAGACCUAUCAUUGCAGCUGCAACACCACUUGAAAUACAGCCAUUUCAAUGGCAGUCCCGAAAGCAAUCUUCUUAAUUUGGGCUUCAUCAAUGGCACUCCUAACCCCCCCACAACAUCAAAAGCGAGAGCACAAUCCCUCUCAUCAAAAACCAGAACAUAUCCACCAAAUUUUCACAAUCCCCGAUUCAAAAUCACUAAUCCAGCUACUAAAAUAAAAGGAAAUCCAGUUAGAAGAAGAGUCGAGCUGGAUCGUUUUCGAAGGAAAAAGCCCAUUCCAGGGUAUAUUCGUUCAUGGGAUCAAAAUAACAUGGCUGCAGUGUAUGAAGAUUUGAAGCUUCUGUGUCAAGAAGGCCAAUUAGAUGAAGCUCUGACCAUUCUAAGGGUUAUGGAUUGUAGAGGAGAUAUCCCUGUGGAUGCCAAUAUCUAUGAUUUUCUCCUCGAGGGCUGCAAGGCUAAAAAAUAUCUGCACGGAGGCAGGCAAGUCCAUAACCACAUGAUGCUUACAGGUUUCCAUCGGAAUGCCUACUUGGCAACCAAGCUUAUUCAGCUUUACAGCGUCUGUGGAAGCCUCGCAGAUGCUCAGAAGGCAUUUGAUGCGGUUCCAGAGAAGAAUUCAUACUUAUGGAAUGCGCUUCUCAGAGCUUUUGUGAAGGAUGGAUUUUAUAUGAAGAAAUCUAUUGAUUUAUAUAAACAGAUGAAGUUUCAUGGGAUUGAACCUGAUAAUUAUGCAUUAUCUAGUGUAUUGAAGGCUUGUGGAAGUUUGGUGGAUCUACAGCAGGGCAUGGAGAUACAUGGUGAAGCAGUUAAAAGAGGGUAUGAGUCGGAAGCAGUUGUGGGAGGGGCGCUGGUUGAUAUGUACUGUAAAUGUGACCGUGUCAAUUUUGCACGCGAAGUGUUUGACAAAAUUUCUAAACGAAAUGUCAUUAACUGGUCUGCUAUGAUAUCUGGGUUUCUUCAUAAUUGGUACUGGGAAGAUGCAUUUGAAUGUUUUGUCCAAAUGCUAGCCGAAGGAUGCAUGCCAAAUUCAGUUACCUUGUGUUCGGUUCUACCUGCAUGUGGCCUCUUGGCAGCUCUGAGAGAGGGGAAAGAAAUCCAUGGUUACAUUAUCAGAAAUGGCUUUGAGUCCUAUGAGUUUCUUGCAAGUUCACUCAUAGACAUGUAUAUGAAAUGUGGUUGUGUGGAAUAUGCACGCCAAGUGUUUGACAAAAUGUCUGAAAGGAAUGUUGUUACCUGCAGUGCCAUGGUUGAUGGGUACACAAAAAAUGGCCAUGCUAGAGAGGCCUUUGAGGUAUUUUGUCAAAUGCAGCGAGAUGGUGUGAAACCCAAUGCUAUUACCAUGGUAAACAUUCUGCCCUCUUGUGUUGACUUAGCAGCCCUGCAACUGGGCAAGGAAAUCCAUGGUUACAUCAUCAAAUGUGGAUUCCUGUCCAAUAUAUUCGUGGCUCAUUCUCUUAUAGACUUGUAUUCCAAGUUUGGAAUUAUUGAGGAUGGGGUUAAAGUGUUUGAUGAGAUAUCUGAUAGAGGUGUCAUAUCGUGGACAGUGAUGAUUGCAGGGUAUGUACUAAAUGGAUAUGCCGAGGAAGCCCUUGCAUUGUUUCAUCAAAUGCGAGAGGAUAGUGUUAAACCUAGUUUAAUUACCAUUUUGAAGAUACUUCCAGCAUGUUCUGAUGUGGCAGUUCCUCUAGAGGGUAAGAAAAUCCAUGCUUAUGCAAUCAAAAGUGGAUUUGACUCCCAUGCAUCUGUUUCUGUUGCCCUUAUAGAAAUGUAUGGUAGAUGUGGAUGCAUUGAUAUUGCAGAAAAAGUUUUUGGCAAUAUCUCUGAAAAACAAGUGACUUCUUGGACAGCGAUGAUUCUAGCAUAUGGAAUAAAUAGGUAUGGCAAGAAAGCGCUUGAGAUUUUUAACAAAAUGCAGCAGGAACAGGUGACGCCAAACGAGUUUACUUUUUAUGCCCUCCUUACUGCUUGCAGCAAUGCAGGCCUAGUUGCUGAAGGAUGGCAAUAUUUCAAUAUGAUGAGCCAAAACUAUUAUCUGCCAAUCGGUAUAGAGCACUACACAUGCAUGGCUGAGCUCCUUGGCUGUGCUGGACAGCUUAACGAGGCACAUAAUCUUAUCCGAAACAUGCCAACAAAACAUAAUGCUAGUUCGUGGAGAGCCUUGUUAGGUGCCUGUAUUAACCAUUGCAAUGUUGAGAUGGGAGAAUAUGCUGCAGAGCACCUUAAGGAGUUAGAAGCUUUACAUGUUGGGGAUUUCAUAACUUUAGCAAAUAUCUAUGCUGCGACUGGCAAGUGGGACAAUGUGGAUAAGGUAAGAACAAAUAUGAAAAUUAUGAGAUUGAACGGGAUGCCAGACUGGAGUGGUGUUGUGGUAAAUAGUAGAAUGCAUACAUUUGCAAGAGGAGACAAAUUGCACCCACAAUCAGAGAAAAUCUACACAACAUUGGAGGGUCUUGCUGGAGAAAUUAAGGCAGCUGGGUACAUGCUUGAACCAUUCAAUGUGUUGCAUGUUAAGAAAGAGGACAUGGAAUAUAUUUUCUGUGGCCACAGUAUAACACUUGCCCUUACUUUUGGGCUGAUGAAUUCGUCUCCUGGAGUGCCUAUCUGGUUAGUUCAGAACCACCGUAUGUGUAGAGAUUGUCAUAGUGUCACUAAGGUAAUCUCCAAGAUUACUGGGAAAAAAAUUAUUGCAAGGGAUAACAAAUGUAUCCACCAUUUUGAGGGCGGGGAGUGUGCUUGUAGGGAUUACUGGUGAUAAUUGAAAGGUCCAGACAACAUUGGAGAUGCUUUAAAGUAAAUUAUUAAUGGUUGAUUCAGUAUCUACAACUAGAAAGCGUGUUACAUUCAGGAUGAGUAAAAUGACCUUUGGUAGAUGCGUAAGGUUUCUUUAUAAAAUUUCUUUAAAAUGAA